AGCCAGCAGACAGAUUCUGGAAUAGCGGUUUUAAACAAGGAAAUGCUGCAGCUGUCCAACUACCUGAAGGAGGCCCUGCACCGCGAGCUGCUGCUCAAGCAGAAGAUGGUGAUUUUGCAGGAGCUUUUCUCCACGCUGCUGCAAGCGUCCGAAAAAUCCUGGCAGGGUCAGCUGAACGAAGAUAAACUGAAGUGUAAACUAAGAGCACUGGAAAAUCAGCUGCAGGCCUGCACCCAGAGUUACUCAAAGGAGUGUGUGAAGAAGAUCCUGAUAGAGAUGGAGGACCAGAAGCAGACCUAUGAGCAGAAGGCAAAAGAGGCUCUUCAGAAGAUGCUGGAAGAUAAACUCCAAACAGAGCAACAGCUGCAAAACUCACAGAGAAGCCUGGCAGCGACGCGGGAGGACCUUGCCUUCUGGAAAGAGCACUACACCACGCUCAAAGCUGAAAUGACCAAGAUGACCACGGCGCACACCGAGCUCCAGACCAGCUUCCACGCUUUGCAAAGCGAACUGCAGCAUGCAGAGGCGCAGAAGGAGCGGCUGCAGCAGUCCCUGCACACCCUGCAGAGCGAGCACGCUGCGCUGCACCGGCGAGCCAGCGCCCUGCGCGAGGACAACGACCUGAAGGCAGAGCACAUCAGUGCCAUCGAAGAUAAACUGCAAAAAGAGCAAAGUCAGAAGGUAACGCUGGAGGCGACAAUCAGCCACUUGCAUAACUUGAUACAGAACCAGACCAACAAAUGGGAGACCCAGGAGGCGACGGUGCAAAGGAAAGACCAGGUUCUCACCACGCAGACCCCACCUCUCACUGCUGCCGAGGAAAAACAAAACUCCCUGUUAGAGCACCCCAAAGAGGAGGAGGGAGAAGAAAGUCUGCAGGAUGAGAUGCAGGAACAGACAUCCCAGCUCACGGCAAAGGAGAACGAGGUGAGGAGCCACCGAAUCAUGGCUGGGACCAAGCUGCUGGUGUAA